AAAGCAAAAAUUUAUAGUCGCCAGUCUCAAUUGUGUAGAACUACAAGCUAAAAAAUGUAUUUAUUGCUUUCGUUAAUUGUUAUCUUUGGGGCCCAUAAUGCCUUGGGCGAGGAAGAAAAUUAUUGUGAAAUUUACCAUUGUGGUGAAACGCAUAUAGCCUGCAAUAAUGAUGGAAACUUAUCACCUGACUGUCCUUUGGGUACUGCAAUUGUUAAUAUGACUCAUCACGAACAAUUUAUUUUGGAUCUACACAACGCAGUGCGUAAUAAAUAUGCAGGUGGAGUUCCACCGUUGCCAGUUGCUGGACGUAUGGCUCAAAUGGUUUGGUGUGAAGAGUUAGCUGCAUUAGCUGAAUUGAAUGUCAAAAAGUGUAUAUUGGAACCAGAUGCAUGUCAUAGUACUAUGAGAGCUCGCUACUCUGGGCAAAAUAGUGGUAUGACUAUUUAUAAGACAUCACAAACCAUCACUACUUUGGCUUGGUUAAUCGAAAACCGUUUCGAUACUUGGGUUAGAGAAGGUGAAUGGGUAACAAUGCAACAAAUAAAAAAAUAUCCUGAUAUUGAACCAGCACUACCGAUCGGGCAUUUUACGCUUAUUAUCAAUGAGAAAAAUACGCAUGUUGGUUGUGCUGCUGUAAGAUAUAAGGAAGAAGCUUCUAGAAUUUUCUUGUUCACAUGCAAUUAUGCAGCUGGCAAUAUUAUAGGUAAGCCAGUGUACACUGAAAGUAAUGUACCAGGUCAAGAGUGUGAAACUGAUACCAGCAUACAAUACCCUAACUUAUGCGAAAUUGAUGAAGCGUACGACAAUACACAAUAAAUUAAAAUAGCUUAUAAAUUUGCUAUUAUAUAAAAAAUAUGUUAUAUAUUUAUUUAUUAUAUUAUUAUGCAUAACCUGACAUAAUUGAAUGACUUUUAUUGAAUUUAAAUAAAAACCAUAUUUUCAUUA